AUGGCUCUUCUAACAAAUCUCCACGAGUAUUCAGUUUCCACCGAAACAGUAAUAACUACAUAUCCAAGUAUCAGAAGAACUUACGACACUUUGUACCCUUCGCCGUAUAAUUCGCCGAAUUAUGAUUCCAUCAAGGUUCCAUACGGAGAAAAUUAUUUGUGCAAGAGUGAAUUAACUCCGCAAAAAAAAGUAGAUGUGAUUAAUUAUGGAAAAGAAGUAGUUACAAAAUAUUCAAAAACUCCAGAGUGGUACGAAAGAAGUUCUUUCAAUGUUUUGACACCGGUAACGCCUCAAAGGCAUGAUCCGCAGCACACGAUAAGUCACAUUACUUCUCCAAGCGCAAUGCUACACGAAGACAAUUCAACGGAAUAUCAACCACCAGCUUACUGUUACGAAAGCCCGCCUCAGGAACAGAAGUUUCGAAGCCUCGAGUGUGGAAAACCGAUAGAAAUGAUCGCGGAACAGCGAAGAAAUUGCUGCAAACCUGUUACGGCCGCACAUAAACAAAUGUCACCAACAAAUAGUCCUCGAAGGGGAAGACGGCGUUCUAGAGACAUACCACCAUCACCAAGCGUAUUGAAGCGCCGGCGGUUAGCCGCGAACGCACGCGAGAGGCGUCGAAUGAAUGGUCUGAACGACGCUUUCGAUAAGUUACGCGAAGUUGUACCCAGUCUUGGAGGGGAUCACAAACUCAGUAAAUUCGAGACGUUACAAAUGGCACAAACGUACAUCGCGGCGCUGUGCGAUCUUCUUCAGAGACACGAUGGAAAGUGGCAAUGA